AUGAGCGCUUCCGUCGGCGCGCGGUGCGCUCUCGUCGCGUCCGCUCGCGUCGCGUCCGCGUCCGCGUCCGCGUCGGCGCGCUCGCGCUCAGCGCGCCUCGGCCGACGACCGUCCGCCUCCGUCUCCUCCUCCUCCUCCUCCCGCGUCGUCGUCGUCGUCCGCGCGGAGUCGUCCGAGACCGAGCGCGCCGCGGACCUGGACAAAGAAGUCAGCAAGCGAGCGAAGAAGAUCGCGAGCACGUUCGCGCCGCGGUCGUCCACCCCCGCGGGGAAGAAGAACCCCGCGUUCAAGGGAUCGACGCUGUACACCAUCUUCGAGGUCCAGGCGUACGUCUCGCUCGUCGUCGGGUCGCUGCUCUCGUACAACGUCCUCCUUCCGUCGGACGAGCCCAACAUCGCGCGACUGAUGGGGAUGUGGUCCGUGUGGAUGUUCGCGGUGCCGUCGCUGCGCGCGCGCGAGUGCGACGCGAGGGAGAAGGACGCGCUCAACUUUCUCUUCGUCGCGGUGCCGGUGAUCAACGUGCUCAUCCCCGUGGUGUGGAAGUCGUUCGCGGCUGUGUUCACCGCGGAUUGUCUGCUGAUGGCGUACGUGUACUACGACAAGGGCGCGGGGAUCUUCAACGACGGGAGCGGCGGCGAGGACGCGCCGGGCCCCGCGACCGAGGGCGCGAGCGAGGGCGUCGAGGAGGCGUGA